AUGAAAGUAGAACGUUGCAUUAGUAUUGAAAAUGGUGUCUUAACCGAAGAUGAUUUUAUGAAUCUAACAAAGUCAGUUAUUCCUGAUUUAUGUGGAAAACAUAAAGGUGAGGCUGGUAAAAUAGCUGUUGUGGGAGGAUCAUCAGAUUACACAGGAGCACCGUAUUUCACUGCAAUAACGGCACUCAAGGUUGGUGCUGAUUUAGCAUACGUUAUAACUCCAAGUGCCACCGCAUUAGUUAUAAAAUCGUACAGCCCUGAUCUAAUUGUCAUCCCAUACUCCCCUUCCUUAGAUCUCAUUGGUAUACUGAAAAAAGUACAUAUUGUUAUUAUUGGACCUGGCCUUGGUAGGGAGCCGAAUGCAAUGAAAUUGUUUUACGAUAUUGUAGGUAUGUGUAGAAUUCUAAAGAAACCUAUGGUGAUCGACGCAGAUGGUUUAUUUGCCGUUUAUAAAAAUGCAACCAUAUUAAAAGACUACCCUGGUCCAGGCGUAGUUCUGACACCUAACCACGUUGAGGCACAAAGAAUCAAGGGAGCUGUUGGAUCAGACAAUUUACUCUGGCACAGAUUUUGGGGCGAAAAUGUCUCAAUAUUAGAAAAGGGCGCAGAAGAUCAAUUUCAUACAUCCGUUGCAAAUUUGAAUUGGACCCUCGCACAGGGUGGAUCGUGUCGUCGUAUCGGCGGUCAAGGCGAUAUAUUGGCUGGAGCCUUAGGAACUUUCCUUAAUUGGGCGCUAAACUCGAACAUUUGUGAAAACAAUAAAACAACUUGGAUAAGUCACAGUCUUGCAGCUUUUGGAGCCGCUAAGCUGACAAGAAGUUGUAAUGAAAAUGCUUUUAAAAAAUAUGGUCGAAAAGAAGAAGACCAUUUUUAUGCAACUGGCAUGUUACCUAGAGAACCAAGAAAUAUACCAGUUUGUCAAGCUCAUAGACAUGGAAUUUGUUCAAUUCCUGACUGCAAAUUUUUACACAUAGAACAAAAUAAUGAAUUAGUUUCAAUUCGAAAUGUUCAAGCACCACUUCCAAUGUUUGACAGGCCACCACCAAGUUUGAGAGAUGAUAGUUCCCCACCAGAACCCAAAUUAAGAAGAUAUACAUUUGAUGAAACAGGAAUAGAUAAUAAAGUGAUGCACACACAGACUAUAUGUUCUAACUGUGAUGCGUUAGAUCAUAGAGUUAAGUUAUUACAUGAUAAUAUCAGUGUUUUGUUGAAGAAAGUUGCUGAUUUGACUGAAAAAAAUAUUCAACUUACGUCUAUGAAUGAAUUUCUAUUAGAACAAACAACUUCUGUGAGGCCAGAUCAACCUUGUGUUAUAACUUCUAGGCAUGGCACAUCUGCCCCUGUAUCUUUAGCUACAGUAAGUGUCACACCUGUUGUCAGUCUAGCAGGAGCACUCCCCACAUUGGUUCCAGCAGCAGCAACACCAAAUCUCACAUUAGCCCCAGCUGCUUCCCAAGGUCAAUUGCUAACUCCCGCCCCACAAAUACUUACAGUUAGUACAACUCAACAGUUAGUGGGAAAUUCAGGAGCCUUGAUAGUAACCAGUGCAGGUGCUCAACAAUUGAUGCAAGUCAGUGAUUCUGGUACCCUAAUGGGUGGAGGGCAGACUGUAGUUGCCGUGACUCCAGCUCAGCUUACGUUAGCUCAACCCACACAACAGCUAAUGAGUAGUGGACCACAAACAACAGUGCAACACCUCAUGCAGACGUCAGCUUUACAGUCUCAAAUACCACAGCACCAAGCAUCUCAAUAUGCUGCAACACAGUCUGUACAACAUUUAGCAGCAGCACAACAAUCUGUACAGCAUGUAGCAGCUCAGCAAUCUGCACAACUGGUGGCGCAACAGUCAGCUCAGCACUUAGCUCAACAGUCAGCACAGCAUCUAGCUGCUCAGCAAUCUGCCCAACAGCUUGCUGCACAACAAUCAGCCCAGCAAAUAGUGGCUCAGCAAUCAGCCCAACAGCUAGCUGCUCAGCAAUCAGCUCAACAGCAAUUAGUGCCAUCAGCACAGCAAUUGGUGCAUCAGACUCCUACACAACAAAUUACUAUAUCUAGUACUAGUCAACCGAUGGCUUUGCCCAAUUCUCAAGCACAGUCUAUUACAUUCCCAAUUAUAUCACAGAGUAUUUUGCCUCAUUGA